CUCGUCAACCAGGGACUCGGUUGCACUUCUUCCGUCCCGAGUUUUCCCUCUUCUCCUCCCGUGAUUUGCCGCCAGCUUUUCGUCCUCCAUCGACUCCUCCUCGUCCUUCACCUCCUCUUGAUCCUCUGUCGCUUCCCUCCCCUCCGUCUCCUCUUUCCCCUAUCUCCCUUCUUCCGUCGUCCCUGCCCCCACCCCGUUUCCCCGCCGGCUGCACGCUCACAUGCAUCGAGUCGGACCGGCCGGCUGGCACUCAGUUGCCUUUAGCGCCGUGCAUCUCCGAGUCAGUCAGUCAGUCAUUGAGUCAUUGAGUCAGUGAGUCGGAUCGACGGUACGCGUGCGAGAUUUGUCGAGUGUUAAGCGUGCAACAACCAAAGAGUGCAGUGAACGAAACCAAAUCGAUACCAAAAGACGGAACGUAGAACAGUUUAGGGGAAGAAAGAGCACGCGUGUCGUUUCUCGGUUUCCGAAAUGACGCAACGAGAGUGUCGCUUGUGGUUCGCUUGAAAGUACCUAGUUGAUCAAGAUUCAGGAAGGAAACAGUAAAAGUGACGAGCCAAACCAGGAAGAUCAAGACGUCCAAGAUGAUGAAAAAGGAGAAACCGAUGAUGUCGGUCACCGCCAUCAUCCAAGGGACUCAGGCCCAACAUUGGUCGCGUGGAAACACUUGGUUAAGUCUGGAUAACAGUAACAUGUCCAUGUCUUCGGUGGGUCCGCAGAGUCCUCUCGACAUGAAGCCCGAUACAGCGAGUCUUAUCAGUCCCGGAAACUUCAGUCCCUCCGGUCCCAACAGUCCAGGAUCCUUCAACGCUGGUUGUCACAGCAACCUUCUGAGCACGUCGCCGAGUGGCCAGAACAAAGCAGUGGCACCAUACCCGCCGAACCACCCUCUUUCUGGUAGCAAGCACCUUUGCUCGAUCUGCGGAGACCGCGCCAGCGGCAAGCACUACGGCGUCUAUAGCUGCGAGGGCUGUAAGGGAUUCUUCAAGAGGACCGUUCGCAAGGACCUCUCGUACGCGUGCCGCGAGGAGAAGUCCUGCAUCAUCGACAAGAGGCAGAGAAAUCGUUGUCAGUAUUGCAGAUACCAGAAAUGCUUGGCUAUGGGUAUGAAAAGGGAGGCGGUCCAGGAGGAACGUCAGCGCACCAAGGAGCGGGAUCAGAGCGAGGUGGAGAGCACGAGCAGUUUACACUCGGACAUGCCGAUCGAACGAAUCCUGGAGGCUGAGAAACGAGUCGAAUGCAAGAUGGAACAGCAAGGAAAUUACGAGAACGCAGUGUCGCACAUUUGCAACGCCACGAACAAACAGCUGUUCCAGCUGGUAGCAUGGGCGAAACAUAUCCCACAUUUUACGUCGUUACCGCUGGAGGAUCAGGUACUUCUACUCAGGGCUGGAUGGAACGAACUGUUGAUAGCCUCCUUCUCUCAUCGUUCCAUCGACGUGAAGGACGGCAUUGUUUUGGCGACAGGUAUGACCGUUCAACGAAACUCGGCGCAACAGGCUGGCGUGGGCACGAUAUUCGACAGAGUGCUUUCGGAGCUCGUCUCGAAAAUGCGCGAGAUGAAAAUGGACAGGACUGAGCUUGGUUGUCUGAGGUCCAUCAUUCUCUUCAAUCCGGAGGUCCGAGGACUAAAGUCCGUCCAGGAAGUGACUCUGCUUCGCGAGAAGAUUUACGCAGCCUUGGAAGGAUACUGUCGCGUGGCUUGGCCCGACGACGCUGGCAGAUUCGCGAAAUUAUUGUUGCGCUUGCCUUCCAUCCGGUCGAUCGGACUAAAAUGCCUGGAGCACUUAUUCUUCUUCAAGAUGAUCGGCGACGUGCCUAUCGACGAUUUCCUCGUGGAGAUGCUAGAAUCGCGAUCAGAUCCUUAGGAGCAAACGGUGUGCCGCGUUCUGGGGCACACCGAUCUGUGAGAGAACAAGGAUACGCAUGCAUAAACAAAAAAAUGAGAAAAGAAAAAAACGACAAAAAUACAACAUUCAAGGUAAACGUAAAGAAUCUUCGCCGAUUACCGACGCCUCCAUGCAAGGCAUUCUCACGUCGAGCAGCGAGAUGGAAUUUACUUACAUUUCCCUUCUCACUUUCUUAUUUAUGACUUUAUUAACGGUUCUUGUUCGACGUAAGGAGGCAGUCUUUCGUUCGAUUCGUAUCGAGAGCACGGCGGAAGUCGCAACGAUGCACUCGGAUAGAAAUAACAGUGGUGUUGCUAGAGCUUUUUAGCGUUGAAAGUUUGUGACACGUCUGUCAUGCCAUCGUCCGAGCAAAGUUCCCCGUAGACGCGUAACCUCGUCACUGAAUUAGCGAUCUUCGAUUGCGUCUACGUCGAUCCCACUGCGCCCCCUGCAGCCAUGGAAGUUCCUAAGACACUCACGUUUCGUUUCUUGUUGUCAUUCACAUGUUGUCCCUCCGCCAACGAGUCAGUCCUCAUUGCUUCUCAAGUCUUUCAAAAUAGUUUUACGAAUCGCCGGGCGACGAUCCUCUUUUGCAUCAUCUUCGACGUGGGCGCAAUCUAUGCAUAAGUUCUCGGGUAUUUUUACAUUCCAACUCUGCCUCGAUUCGGAUCGUCACUUGGAAGAGCCACGAUUGCAUAUAGAUAAUAUACAUACUUGCAUAAAUGAAUGCGUUUUACACGUGUGCACUACGAUAAUUUAUUGUUUUGUAUUUUAGAAUAUAGAAAGAGAUAAACUUACUAAUUCAUUAUUAAUUGAAUAUGUUAUAAUAGUUCUUUUUUUACAUAUAUAUUAAAAGCUUAUACAGCUUACGUCUGUAAUAAAAUAUCAAAACAACGUCAUCGAGACGUUAAGGAUCAUUGACACGUUAUUGAGAUAUUCGAAUGUAAAGACUUUUACAUUGAGAGAGAUUUUCACUUUUGGUAGAGCAAAUUCUCAUGAAAAUUUCAAUUAGAUACACAGUUUUUCGUACCAAGUUUUCUGCCUUUUGUCUCUGAUUGUAAUUUUACAGUGCUAUGUAUAAUGGCAAAUAAGGUGUAAAUGUUUCUCGAUAGUUUAUUGCCUAACGCAAAAAUUUUCUUUUCUUUUGGAAAUGUUCGACGCGCUACGAGAUAUAGGAAUUCCUAAAAUUUCAAAGAGAUACUUGCAAGAUGUAUGGUUAUCCUUUAAAUCUAGAGACAUAGGAAUUAACUGAUCAAGGACAGAGCUAAGAUAGAUACUUUACUGUCGUUGUUAGAAAUUUACAGAACUCUUUUAUGAUUUCAACUGAAGGAUGUAAGAAAAUAAUAAUUUUAUGCACUGUAAGCAUCUAUUUUAAUUCUAUUUUUAUUAUAUUUGUAGUCUUUAUAUAUAUAGAGUAAUGACAAAUUUUAAUCUUGUUUUUUAAAGAUUAUAUUUUUAACUAGAUAAUUAUUGAUCUGAGUCGGUUGCAAUAAAUUCCAAAUUUUAUAUUUUAAUCUUCGGUUUAGUUUAAGGUUAUGAAAUUAGUGGAAUAUGUAUUUUAUAAUCUCGUUGUCCUGAUCUUAGUGCAUUAAUUCGGAAAUUUAUAGAAAUUUAUUUAUACAUUUUUUUGUAAAAUAUCUCGAAAGAUAUAUAUUUAUCUUUAUUUUAUUUCGAUUGUAAAUUUUACGAAAAAAAAUUUAUCUUAACAUCCUUCAGUUUUAGUCAUCUACAUAAAUUACUAUAGUACCCUAGAAAUCGUAAGAAAUGAUCAUACUUACUUCGAUAAUAUAAAUUAUGAUAAUAUCAAAUAUUAUUAAACAUAUUUCUAUUUUUGCGUGAAUGCUUACGAUUGUUAGUUGUUGGUUAUUGUUAUCUAUUUGAUGAGAGUUUUUAAUGUUAUGCAUACCACGAGAGAAACACAAUAUUAAAUUUCCGAUUUUUUUUUGGUAACAUACUGGAGUUGCUGUUCAUUUCAGAUGCCUGCUAUAUUAUUUUUUAGUGUUCUUAUAUGGAAUGAUAAUGAUGAACCUUGAAUAUUAUUCUACUCAAUUAGCACGAUUUUAAAUAAUUUGUGACAAAUGCAAACCAAAUAACGCAAUUUAUAUAUAUUUAUAAAAUAAUAGGAAAACUGUAUCACAAUUUUGUAAUCUAUUUCCUUUGUCGUAAUGUUCUGUUUUCUUUAUAUUCACUUCAAAAAUACAUCUUGACCAAAAUUACCUCUGAACAAAACGCAUUUUUGCGGUCACCUCAUCUAAUUCCUCAAUACAUGUAAUUAAUAAAAGAAAAUAAGCAGUGAAAGACCAUUAGGAAUGGAGGGCGUGAAUGCUUGCUACCUGUGAAUGAAGUUUCAUAUAAAUAUAUAAAUGUUAAAAUGAUGAUAUCUAUACAUACAAAUAAUAUAUGAAUAUAUAGACAGAACUCUUUCACAAAUAAUAAUGAGAACCUCAGUAGUAGUCAGUAGAAUAAUAAAGAUAAUGGCAGAAUUAAGAAAUGUUCUAUGAUCAAACAUUGAUUAAGGUAAGAGGAUUUAGGAGAGUGGAUUCUAGAAUGUGUUACAACCUGUUAAAUAACAGCAUGCUUCUAUAAGAAGCAAUAUUCAAAAACAGUGAACUGUAUACUAUUAUAAUUGAUGUAAACUCGAUGCUUUUGCCAUACCUCCUUGAACUAUCAUAGAAAUGGUACGAUGCUCAAAUUGUAUGUAGUGAUGUUUUACUUAGUAACAGUGUCCUAGAAUGAAAGAACGUGGUGCGUUGUAAACAUUCUGUACAGUCAUGCAUAAUGAAGUGAAGAAGAAAACUUUGUUUGGUAUUUAUAAAAUUCAUCAUUCUUCGUAUACAUGUGUAUAAUUGUUCAAACAUGCAGUGACGUGUGAUUAACAUAUUCGAUAAUGUAUAUCGUUAGAUUUUCUCCUUAAUUUAAAUAAAUAUCAUCGGUAUCGUUGAAUCGAAAUUUGUUAGCGGCUAAUUCGAUUAAUUUUCGUAGUAGUACCGAAAGUGUUUUACGCACCCGUUCUCCAUAGAUAUCAGUACAAAUAAGUUUAAUAUUAAUAGUAAUAACGACUAAAAUAACUGUUUGACUUUACUAAAAAUUUAAGGUACGUUCCACUUAAACAGUAGCUGGUGUUCUACUACAUACCGUACCUUCGAUAAAAUAACCUAAAAGCCAGAGUACUAAAUCCUUCUGUGUGUAUAAAUGUCAUAAACUAUAUAUAUGUAUCUAUUAAUGCUACAUCAAUAACAAAUUAACUCACACGACUGCCAUUACAAUUAAUUAUGUUUUGGAAUAUUAGCAUGGCUCAAUAUUCCGUAUUUAGUUUCUCUUCCCCCCGCAUUGAAAAAAAUAAUUUUCAUUGAAAUUAUUGUACCAUUUUAUUCUGUAGGUUUUGUAUAAUUUGAUUGUAAAUUAACGAAUCACCGUUGCGCAAGACUUGUUAUAUAGGUGUCUAACGUAAUAUUCCGUUUCAGAAAUACUUGAAUUGUGUUCACAGCUUAAAAAUGUCUUUUUGGAAAUAUUAAUCUGUGUUUUAAUGUUGUUAAUUUUACCGGGUAAUAGUAAAUGCCAUUGUUUUUUUAUUGUUUUACAUCGAUGUUAAUUCAUGUAGUAAUUCGAAUUUAUAUUACUUCAUGUUAAACUGCCGUAGUACCGAUAAAAUUAUGUGGUGUGCUCAGUAAUUAAAAUAAUUACAUAUAUACAUUGUCCACAUGUGCAUACAAUAUACAACACAUGGCGUGUACAUUUUCAAUCCAUCUUUUAUUAUCUUUAAGCUGUAACUAUCGUUUCACGUUUAUUGAAGGAAUAGUCAGCGUAUCUGUGUAGUUCUAUUUGCUAAGUAUAUGUAUACAUAUAUGGAUGGAUACAGGUAUAUGUAAAUUACGACUUUUAUGGAAUGCUUUCGUGUGUAUAAACAUGAUAUUGUUUCAAGUAAAGAUACGAAAAAUGAUAUUAAAAUAUCGAAUUCUGCAUUCAGUUGGUAACUGUUUUAUAAAGAAUAAGAGUAAUAUAUUCACAAGACGAUGUAUGACGAUAAAGGGUAUAUAAAUUAUAUAGGCAUAGAAGAAGUGUGUAAGAUGGAAUGACAGUGGCCGAGGGAAAGGUUGUAUUGAAGGAGACGCGAACAAGUCAUACCAUGAAUGUAUUGUAUAUCUAAAGCAGUGUGGCUAAUAACAAUCCUUGAUUAAAGAAAUAUGAUGUACGGUCUUGCGCCAAGAGAUAAAUCGUCUAUUCUGACUUAUCUGAAUAUAAUAUUUUUAUGAAGCGAAAAAUAUGUUCAUUUUACUUAUUGCAUUCCAUAACUGCCACUUGGGUUCGAAAUAAUCAUACACAAUUUUUGCAUUUAAUUUACAUUUUGCUUUUAUUAAUAUAUACUUGGUUAGGAGUUUGAAACUGUGGUCAUUAUUAGCACGAUUAAUUAGGUAAUAAAAGGUAAUUGAAUUUUGUAAACUAUAUUAUUUGUUGAGCUCUGCACUUAUAAAAAGAAAUUUAAUAACUCGUGGUUGUCACAACAUCUCGAAAUAAAAACGCGGAUAGUGAGCAGUACUUAUGAAAACACUUUUUAUUCGUGUGAGACGUUAUACAGAGUAUGUUGUUUCUGUUAUACUUAUUAUUCACUGACGUUUCCUGAUGUUAACGAUAAUUAUAGGCAUUGUAGUUUCAUUGCUGCAAAGGUCUUUCCCCAUCUUCCAUUUCUCAAUCAUAAAUAAAAUGGUUUAACGGUAUCGAAUAAAAAAAAAA